CGGCUCGUUUGGGGGAAUCAAAUGUGGCCCAUCUCGCGGAGGAAGAGCUAGUCUCAUGCGCCAUGCCGGCCUGAUUCGAUUCGAGUUGCGGCAACAGUUCAUCAUCGCAAUCCCUGAUCGAUCUCAUGAUCGAAUUCAUUGGCGGAGGAGAUAAGAGAUGCUUCCUCAUGAACAAUGGAAAUUCUUUGCGACUUUGGUGAUUUCUGGCCUUGUGCUACUACAAGCAGGACCGGUGGUCAGCUCGGAUCAAGAGGUUACUGCUCUUGCCUCUUGGAAGGAAAGCGUGGCCACUUCUUUUUCGAAUGGGAGCAAAUUGGCUACAAGAGAAACGAAGGUUUGCUCUAGAAUGAACAUAACCGGCCAGAGCUUCAUCGUCCGCGGAGUUUUCAGACAUGACAAGAUUGCCAAACAGCCGCCAGCAUUAGACAUCUCGAUCAACUCAAAACUACUCCGCAACGUCGACACGUCCAAGGAUCUUGUCAUCCAGGUUCCUCUUGAUCCCGCUAACAGCACUCUACUUCUUUACUGUUUGAUGCCAGCUCCAAGCGGCCUCGUGACAACCAUGCCGACUCUGGAACUGUUUCUCGCUCCAAAAUUCACUUACAGCCGGUUUUCUUCCAGAAAGCUGCUUGAAAGACCACACCAAAGUCCUUUAUCCAUGCUUGGACUCAUGAGCACGGUCUUGAUAUCUUUGACAUCGCUGACUAUGGUCACGGCACUUUGUAUCACUAAGCUGUUUCGAGCACUGAGGGGAACCCCGCCAGUGGAGCCUCAGUCUUCUCCGAGAAUUUAUCAAAGGAGCAUGGAGCUGAAAGUAAACAAAGAACCAAUCGCCAUUAAGCAGUACAUGCUGAAAGAACUGGAAGAAGCAAUCGGGAUUAAGAUAGCUGAAGGUGGAUUUGGAUACGUGUACCGUGGGACGCUGAUUAACAGACAGGAGGUGGCGAUCAAAGUGCGAUCAUCAACUUCAUCACAAGGCCUACGUGAGUUCACUGCUGAGCUUACGCUCUUAUCCAAGAUUAGACACCCGAAUCUGGUUCCUUUGCUUGGCUACUGCACGGAAGGCCAACACGAAAUGCUCGUCUAUCCUUACAUGUCAAAUGGUACUUUACAAGACCGACUUUAUGGCGAGGCAGCAACAAGAAAGCCGCUCGAUUGGCAAACCAGAUUAUCUAUCGCGAUAGGAGCCGCUCGAGGGUUGAACUUUUUGCAUACGAGUGGCCCGCGUCCCAUCAUUCACAGAGAUGUAAAAUCGAGUAACAUUCUCCUUGACGACAGCAUGAACGCAAGAGUCGCGGACUUCGGUUUCUCGCGAUUUGCACCGCAGGAAGACGACAGCCUCGUCUCGGUUGAAGUUCGAGGAACGACUGGUUAUCUUGAUCCAGAGUACUACAUGACACAGGUGCUCACUACCAAGAGCGACGUCUUUAGUUUUGGCGUCGUAUUGUUGGAGAUCGUAUGUGGUCGCGAGCCUCUGAACUUACGCCGUCCCCGUUCAGAGGCCAGUUUGGUUGACUGGGCCAGGAAGUCCAUAAGCGAAGCUAACAUUCAAUCGAUCAUCGAUCCGAGUAUCAGCGCUAGCUACACACCGGAGGCAAUGUGGAGAGUAGUGGAGGUGGCUUAUGCAAGCGUGGAGACCUGCUCAGCACGUAGACCGGACAUGGCUGGUGUCGUGAAGGAGCUCGACGACGCUCUUAUAAUCGAGAACAACGCGUCCCAGUACAUGCUUUCAAUGGAUAGUAUCGGAUCAUUCCGGAGGUCGUCAAGCAUCAAAGCUUUUCCGGUGCCGUUUGAUCCUUCUCCUGCGUUCUCGGAAACGUUGGACUCCCCGCAUCCCCGAAGCGAAAGUCCCAGCAGCUUUCCAAGAGCAACGAGAAUGCCAAGUGUGUUGUCAAGAGCCGUGUGGACGUCAGCAAUGAACUCGCGGACAGCUCGAGCUAGAAACGAGACAAGCAGCCUCCAGAUCUCGACAACCAACACGAGCAGCACAGAUGAGAUCCGGACGAGGACGGCGAACAGCGCAUCAAGCAACGCAUCGAAAAAGAUCUCCAGUGCACGAAUCAAGAGCUUGGCUGCUCGCAGGACGAUCGUGACCAAGCCCCUCAAGAGAUGGAUCGCAGCUAGCAGGACGAUGGAGAGCGACUGGAGGAGCAAGCUGCUGACCAAGUCGACGAUGGAUACCAGCGCUCCAACGACGAGAUCUGCCACGAAACCCAUCGCAGCAUUGCUGAUCUCUGGCGAGAAACAUCGCAGGGAGCAAGUGGCGGGCCAUCUCACCGUUAAUCAAUGCGCGACCGUACUGACCGCAUUCAUUUCGCUCGACAUCGCAUCGACGGCUGAGAAGGCAGCCCGGCUGACAAUCGGUGUGGAUCGCGCGCGCUCACUAGUGGAAAUCUUGAUAGCAAUGGUGAUGGAGGACGAGGUGAUCCUCACGGAUGUGUCGGAUUCCAUGCACAUGCUGCUGCUGGCUCGAGAGAGCGUCAAAUUCCAGCGAUCCAGCGUCCAUAGCCUGCUCGCUCGCAUCAAGAUGCUCAAGCCCGCCGUUGAUUACCUCCGUGAAGUGAAGAUUCCGCUGCCCAAGCCCGCGUUAGCGCCAUUCCAAUCGCUCAACAGCGUUCUUCUCAGGGCCAGGGACGCGGUGGAGGAAUGCAGCGUUGGAAGGAGCAAGAUUUUCCUGAUCUAUCGCUGUCACGAGAUCGUCGUUGGGUUUCAAGAAAUCGCUGGCGAUAUGUGUCGGGUCAUUGAAACCAUCCCUCUAUCUUCUAUGUAUAUUUCUAGUCACACAAGAUCACAGAUCGAGCACUGUCACCAGGAGCUACGGAGAUUAAAGUUCACGAUCAAUGCCCGUGACUCUCAGCUGGCGGACGAGAUUGCCAUCCUUCUCAAAGACUUUGGCCGCUCCCAGGUGAAUCCAGCGCAGCUCAAAAGGUUUCUCGAGGAGAUGGAGUUGGGGUCCUUGGAAAGCAUUGCCAAGGAGAAGGCCGCUUUGGAAAAGGAGAGGGAGUCGAGGGAAGAUGGCGCUGCUGCUGUCAUCGACAAGCUUACAUCGCUGCUGAGUAUGACCACCCAAGAUCCUGCUCCAGAGAAAGUGGAUAGCGUCCAGCAGCAAAACAUUCCGAUCCCUGCCGACUUCUGCUGUCCACUAUCGCAGCAGCUAAUGUCGGAUCCUGUCAUCGUGGCUUCCGGACAGACCUAUGAACGAGCUUACAUUCAACAGUGGGUGGAUCGAGGAAACAGGACUUGUCCCAAGACGCAGCAAGUGAUCUCUCACACCAACUUGAUCCCGAACUACACCGUCAAGGCGCUCAUCGCAAACUGGUGUGAGAUGCACAACGUGCCACUCCCCGAGCCCCCGAAAGUUGACGAGCUGGGGGAGCUCAUCACUCCUUCCAAGCCUCCUCCGCAGCUGCUAGAGCAGGACGUGUCGUCGGGCACCAAAGGCAGUGGAGUGGAGGCCGAGUCGCUGCCAGUGUCCUCGUCCGAGAUGGUGGACGGGAACCACGAUCCUGAGCAAGGUGGCGGCGAGGAGCCUGACAUGAGAUCCUUCUUGGUAGGCAUCCAGCACAAGCCGUCCGGUUCCAGCAGAGGUGCUGCUUCUCCUGGGAGUCGACGUCGCUUCAGCGGCGAGCUCUCCGGAGACGCAGCCUCGGACAGUCUCGAGGAGAAGUCACCCAGGUUUCUCUACAGGAACAGGAAGGAGAGGUCGAGGCUGAAACUUGGUGGUAACAGCGAGAAGCUCUUCGACAUCAUUGGCAACGACGAGAACAAGGAGAGCAAGAUAAGGAGUCUGAUCCAGGACUUGGACGCGCCAUCUCUGGACAUGCAAAGGACGGCUGCGGCGGAGCUGAGACUCCUCGCCAAGAACAACGCCGAGGACAGGAUCCGGAUAGCCAACGCUGGCGCCAUCAAACCGCUGGUGGCACUGCUGAGCUCCGCGGAUCCAAAAGUCCAGGAGGACUCGGUCACGUCGCUGCUCAACCUGUCACUCAACGACGGCAACAAGCACGACAUUGUGGACUCGGGCGCCAUCCCGCCUCUCAUCAGCGUCCUCUCGGAAGGAAACCCGGAAGCCAGGCAAAACGCGGCAGCCACGCUGUUUAGCCUUUCGGUGAAGCAGGAAUACACGGCACUCAUCGGCGCUUCUGGCGCCAUCCCGCCGCUGGUCGAGUUACUCAAGUCCGGAACUCCUCGCGGGAAGAAGGAUGCGGCAACCGCGCUCUUCAACCUCUCGAUAUGCCACGACAACAAGAACAAGGUGGUCAAGGCCGGAGCCGUCAAGCCUCUCAUCGACCUCAUCUGCGAGCCGAGGCUGGGGAUGGUGGACAAGGCCGUGGCGGUGGUGACCAACUUGUCCACGGUGUCGGAGGGACGCAGCGCCAUUGCCGAGGACGGAGGAAUUCCAGCUCUGGUGGAAGUCGUGGAAGCCGGGUCCCAGCGCGGGAAGGAGCAUGCGGCUGCCGCGUUGCUGACGCUUUGCUCCAACAGUCCCAGGCACCGAGCCAUGAUUUUCAACGAGGGUGUCACUCCGAUGCUACACAUUUUGUCACAGACUGGGACCGCGCGAGGAAAAGAGAAGGCCUCCGCUUUGCUACGGAUCUUCAGAGAGCAACGCAAUGGGAAUGUGCCGAGAUCUCAUCACCAGCAGCAGCAUCAUCAACAACAUCAGCGAGAGGUCCACGCUUCUCCUGCUGCUGCAAGUCCUCGCUACUAGCUAGCAUACUUAUCAGGUACAUCGGACUUUGCUUCUUCCAUUAAAAGUGUGUUUUUUUUCUCUCGUAUAUACAAAUUGUUUUGGUAAUC